AUGGAGAAUCCCAAAAAGUCGGCAUCGCACAAGUCUCUGCAGACCUCAGCUCUGACAGUACAGGCCGCUCAGCCUGCUUGCGCCCAGAAGGCGAGAAGGAUGGCAUUCGCAGGCGAGCAGCCGUGGGGCUUCAAUUCAGAAAGCGGCAGCAGAGGGCAGCAGCACGCAGCCCAACUGACGAGCGCCGAGAAGCCAACAGCCACAACGCAGCCCAGCGCCCAGAGUGCGAAACAAGCAAAGCGCGUUGGCUACUCAGAGCCCGCCGUCACCAUCCUCCUUGGAAUCAUCCACCAACCAUCUCCUUCAAGAUAUCGAAAAUGGCUGCUAGACCCAGCUCAGACCCGUCACACGCCGGACACGGCGGCUGCAGAAUGCCGUUGCGUCACAGACGAACAAGUAGCCAGGGCGAUCGAACCGCCAAAAGGCGGCAGCAUUGGCAAACAAAGCAUACCCGUCAACGUGAGGGGCCUCGAUGGCGCGGCCUCGGGCUCGCUCCCCCUCCCCGCAGUCUUCACUGCCCCCAUCCGACCUGACGUUGUUCAGCUCGUCCACACCAACGUGGCCAAGAACAAGCGUCAGCCUUACGCCGUCUCGACCAAGGCUGGUCACCAGACCUCUGCCGAGUCGUGGGGUACCGGUCGUGCUGUCGCCCGUAUUCCCCGUGUCGGCGGUGGCGGUACCCACCGCUCCGGCCAGGCCGCCUUCGGUAACAUGGUCCGCGGCGGUCACAUGUUCGCCCCCACCAAGCUGUGGCGCCGUUGGUUCAUCAAGACCAACCAGAACCAGAAGCGUUACGCUACCGCUUCGGCUCUGGCUGCCACCGCCGUCCCUUCGCUCGUCCUCGCCCGCGGUCACCGCGUUGAGGAGCUCGAGGAGAUUCCCCUCGUUGUCGCCGACGCCGCCGAGGGCCUGACCAAGACCAAGGAGGCUGUCGCUCUCCUCAAGGCCGUCAACGCCUACAACGACGUCGUCAAGGUCUCCAACUCGCGCAAGAUCCGCGCCGGUGUUGGCAAGCUCCGCAACCGCCGCCACACCCAGCGCCGCGGUCCCCUUGUCAUCUACAACAAGGACGCCGGUAUCGUCAAGGCUUUCCGCAACGUUCCCGGUGUUGAGCUGUGCUCGGUCGAGCGCCUCAACCUCCUCCAGCUCGCCCCCGGUGGACACCUUGGCCGCUUCGUCAUCUUCACCCAGUCCGCCUUCGGCCGCCUUGACGAGGUCUUCGCUGCCAAGUCUGGCUUCACCAUGCCCAAGGCCAAGAUCGCCAACACUGACGUGACCCGCAUCAUCAACUCGGACGAGAUCCAGUCGGUCGUCCGCGCCAAGGGCCCCGCCAAGACCACCCGCCCCUUCACCCAGCGCAAGAACCCCCUCAAGAACCGCGCUGUUCUCUUCCGCCUCAACCCUUACGCCCAGGCCGCCAUCCGCUCCGAGAUCCGCGCCCAGGCCCAGAAGAAGUCGGGCCUUAAGAAGGAGGCCAAGCAGCCCGUUGCCAAGGAGUUCCUCGAGCUCCUCCACGCCAACUAA